GUUUAGGCUGAGUGGCCGUGUAGACGCCACACAUCAGCUGCAGCCGUAGGCACCAUGGUGUCAUCAUCUGUUGCGCCAACACAACUGUGAACUCCCCUCUUAGAAGAAGACUUAGAAGCUUAGAAGCUUAGUUAAAUAGAUUUGCCAACUUGAUAGGUAAACUUCAAGUUUAUGUGAUGAGCUCAUGUGCUAAUCUGACCCGACUAUUUUCUGAUUUCCGCACUGCGCAGUGACUCUUCUCAGUCCGAAUACCCAGCGUGUCCCUUAUCGAGGCCGAGCAGUGCCCAUUGCCCAGGCCCCACUGACAUGAGGCCAAGGGCAAUGCUUUGAAGUUGUGUCAUGCACAGUGCCUCAAAUACCUUUUUAAUCAUAGUUCCGUGUAAUUAAACAUCGAUCGGAACUGCGGGCAACUGCGUGCUGCGUGUAACUUGAAGGGUUAUAAGUAGAAGAGAAAGAGUGAAGUUUGUUUGAAACACUCCUGCAAGUUAAAGAUGGUGAUGGUUACGCGUAGUCAAUCGCCCGCAGCCAAGUGGCAACGCCCAGCACCGCGUUCCACAACUUACUCUAUCCAAUUACCGCCACUAUCCUCGUCAUCAUCUCCGAUGGAAGCCUUCCGACUGCAAAAGAAAUAUCCAGAAGUCUCCAAAGAUGAAAUGUUUGAUCUCGUAAAUCGCUUUAAUGCGAUCAGUACCAACACGCCAGGUCGUAUAGACAAGAGUGCUAUUCUUCAAGCACUUCAGAACACCGGAGAAUCGUACGACAAGGCUCGGGAGACUCUUAAACAUGUCUCUGUCGAUGCCAGUGGCAAAGUCGAGCUCGAGGACUGGGUAGAGCUCAAUGUCAAACUGCGCACACAAAGCAAGGCUUCCGUCCUCCCAACACGAGCAGGAAAAGUUACUGUCCAAGGCUCAAACGCUAAUGUCAGUCAUACCAUCAAUGAAGAUGAGCGGACGGAAUUCACAAAUCACAUCAACACAGUGAUCGAGAACGACCCCGACAUUGGGAACCUUUUCCCAAUCCCUACCUCAACUAUGCAGCUCUUUGACGAGUGCAAAGAUGGCCUCAUCCUCUGUAAACUGAUCAACGAUUCCGUCCCCGACACCAUCGAUACCCGUGUGCUGAACAAGCCAAGCCCGAGGAAACCGUUGAAUGCUUUUCAGAUGACAGAGAACAACAACAUCGUAAUCGCGUCUGCCAAGGGUAUCGGAUGCUCCGUCGUCAAUAUUGGCUCUUCCGAUAUCGCAGAGGGGAGAGAGCAUUUGAUCCUUGGGCUUAUUUGGCAGAUCAUACGACGUGGUUUACUCGCACAAGUGGAUAUUAAGAUUCAUCCUGAAUUGUAUCGGCUAUGCGAGGAUGGCGAAACUAUUGACGAUCUUCUACGGUUGACACCAGAUCAAAUUCUACUCCGUUGGUUCAACUACCACUUGAAAGCCGCAGGGUGGAAACGGAGAGUCAACAACUUCAGCCGCGACGUCUCAGACGGCGAGAAUUACACCGUCCUCUUAAACCAGCUUAAACCAGACCAAUGUUCUCUGGCACCUCUCCAAACUAAAGACGUGAGACAACGCGCAGAACAAGUCCUCCAAAACGCUGAAGUCAUCGGCUGUCGCAAGUACCUAACACCUUCAUCCAUCGUCUCCGGUAACCCCCGGCUCAACCUUGCCUUCGUCGCAAACCUUUUUAACACGUGGCCCGGCCUCGAGCCCCUCGACGAACAAGAAGCUAAAGAUUACGGCGCUGUUGAGGACUUUGACGCAGAGGGUGAACGUGAGGCACGCGCAUUCACGCUAUGGCUCAACUCGCUCGGCGUCGAGCCAGCAGUGUUCAACUUAUUUGAGAACUUACGCGAUGGACUCAUCAUCCUCCAAGCAUUCGACAAAAUUUCGCCCGGCUCUGUAGUAUGGCGCCGUGUUUCGAAGCCCAAAGGCGGUGCACAAGCUGCACCCCUAACAAUGCUUGAUGAGGAGGAGCAGGAAGAUAUUGGUGUCACUCCCAACCAAAGCAUGCUCUCCCGUUUCAAGCAAGUGGAGAACACAAACUACGCGGUGGAGCUCGGGAAGCAGAAUGGGAUGCACCUUGUUGGUAUACAGGGGGCUGAUAUCGUUGAUGGUUCAAAGACACUCGUUCUUGGUCUUGUCUGGCAACUAAUGAGGUUGAACAUCACAAAGACCCUGAUGGCGCUCUCCAAGACCGGCAAACCCAUCAGCGACACAGACAUGCUCAAAUGGGCAAAUGCAACUGCACAAAAAGGCAAACCCGGCGUUCGACCCAUUCGAUCGUUCAAAGAUCCAGCUAUCACCACUGGGCUAUUCUUCCUCGAUCUUCUGGACGCGAUGAAACCAGGGAUCGUGGACCCUGCUCUUGUGAUUAAUGUCAGCGAGAGUGGAGCUUAUGAGGAUCGGCGGCAGAAUUCAAAAUUGGCUAUUUCUAUUGCGAGAAAGAUGAACGCGCUGAUUUUCUUGGUGCCUGAAGACAUAGUGGACGUUCGUCCACGACUUAUUUUGACGUUUGUUGCAAGUUUGAUGAGCAUAUCGCAGUGAUCUGAGCUCGUGUUUUUUCAUUCAUUGAUAAGUAUUCUCGCUGUUGUUGUUUGCGAACGAAGUUCGUCAAUUUGCUACGUGGCGGACAUCCAAUAUAUGUGCAUACUGCUUACCUCUGAUGCUAUUACUCUGGUUUAAACGUUGGUGAUGUUGGACCCACAAAGCCGGGAAUUUGACGACUCUGUACAAAACCUUGUAAUCCAAACAUGAAUGCAUUGCAAAGCGAACAAAA